CGACGGGCUGGGGGGAAGGGUCGGGGGAGGUCGGGAGCGCGUCCGUGAGCCCGGAGCAGCGGCGGUAUCGGUGGCGUCGGGAGCGAGCGGACCCGGGAGCGGCGCGGGUGGUGGAGGAGGAGCCAGGGGCUCGAUUCUCUCACCAUGGCACAGGUAGAGAAACGAGGGGGUUUGCUCCGGAAAUCUUCAGCCUCCAAAAAACCACUGAAGGAAAAAGUGGUGCUGAUGUAUGAUGAGAUCUUCAUGACAGAGGACCCUAGUAAGUGCAGUCCUCGGUUUUGGGAGGAGCUCUUCCUCAUGAAGGUGAAUUUAGAGUACCUAGAAGGCAAGUUGGAAUCUCUUGAUGGUGAGGAGUUAAUGAAGAUCAAGGACAAUAUUAAUUGCUUAUUUCAACACUGCAUCCAGGCUCUGGGAGAGGAACAUCCAAUUCGAGUGGUUAAUGCAUUGCAGACCUUGUGUGCACUCAUUCGAGGAGUCCAUCAAAAGAAUAAAUCUACCUCUGGGUUUGACAUUAUCAACAUGCUGAUGGGCUUUGACAAGGCGGAGCUGUGCAUGAAGAAUCUCAUGGAGAGUUUGGAUUCAUUGCUCUGUGCAGAAGGUUCUGAAAGUCUGAAGAGCUUAUGUCUGAAACUUCUCCUCUGCUUAGUGACAGUGACAGAUAACAUCAGCCAGAACACUAUCUUGGAAUAUGUAAUGAUCAACAGCAUAUUUGAAGCAAUUUUACAGAUACUCUCCCACCCGCCGAGUCGUAGGGAACAUGGGUAUGAUGCUGUUGUCCUCUUGGCUUUGCUAGUGAACUACAGAAAAUAUGAGUCUGUGAAUCCUUAUAUUGUGAAGCUGUCUAUUGUGGAUGAUGAAGCCACCCUCAAUGGAAUGGGGCUUGUGAUUGCUCAAGCUUUAUCUGAGUACAACAGGCAGUAUAAAGACAAGGAAGAAGAACACCAGAGCGGUUUUUUCUCUGCUUUAACAAAUAUGGUGGGCAGCAUGUUCAUAGCAGAUGCCCAUGAGAAAAUCUCAGUACAAACCAAUGAGGCCAUCCUUCUGGCACUUUACGAAGCUGUUCAUUUAAAUCGCAACUUUAUCACAGUGUUAGCCCAGAGUCAUCCAGAAAUGGGCUUGGUGACAACCCCUGUCAGUCCUGCUCCAACAACCCCAGCCACACCACUUGGGACCACACCACCCUCCUCUGAUGUUAUAAGUUCUGUGGAACUCCCACUGGAUGCAGAUGUACAGACCAGUAAUCUACUGAUAACCUUCUUAAAGUAUAGCUCGAUUGUCAUGCAAGACACCAAAGAUGAGCACCGGCUUCACAGUGGCAAACUCUGUCUGAUUAUCCUUACAUGUAUUGCAGAGGAUCAAUAUGCCAAUGCAUUUUUGCAUGAUGACAACAUGAAUUUUCGAGUAAACUUACAUAGAAUGCCUAUGAGACACAGGAAGAAGGCAGCAGACAAGAACCUUCCCUGCCGUCCAUUAGUAUGUGCAGUACUGGACCUGAUGGUGGAGUUUAUUGUAACACACAUGAUGAAGGAGUUUCCUAUGGAUCUCUAUGUGCGCUGCAUUCAGGUAGUACAUAAACUACUUUGCUAUCAGAAGAAGUGUAGAGUACGCCUGCAUUAUACCUGGCGGGAACUCUGGUCAGCGUUGAUAAAUUUGCUGAAGUUCCUUAUGUCAAAUGAGACUGUACUUUUGGCAAAGCACAACAUUUUUACGUUAGCUCUUAUGAUUGUGAACCUAUUUAAUAUGUUUAUCACAUAUGGAGAUACAUUCCUGCCCACCCCCAGCAGUUACGAUGAACUCUACUAUGAGAUUAUUCGCAUGCACCAGAGCUUUGACAACCUCUACUCUAUGGUCCUGAGGCUUUCUACCAAUGCAGGCCAGUGGAAAGAAGCAGCUAGCAAGGUGACUCACGCGUUGGUUAAUAUCAGAGCCAUCAUCAACCACUUUAACCCCAAAAUUGAAUCCUACGCUGCUGUGAAUCACAUAUCCCAACUGUCGGAGGAGCAGGUGCUAGAGGUAGUGCGAGCCAACUAUGACACACUCACACUGAAGCUGCAGGAUGGCCUGGACCAGUAUGAGCGCUACUCGGAGCAGCACAAGGAAGCCGCCUUCUUCAAAGAGCUGGUUCGAUCCAUUAGCACCAACGUCCGGAGGAACCUGGCCUUCCAUACACUCAGCCAGGAAGUCCUGCUCAAGGAAUUCUCCACUAUCUCCUGAAGCUGCCACGCAUACCUGAGCAGCCACUGACUGCCCUUACCCACGAGGCUUCUGGGCUGGAGGGCGGGCCAGGGGCGAGGGCCUGUUCCCAAGGUUGGAGAAAAACACAGACACCAAGUUCUGUCAGUGGAGGCCACACUUCACUGGAGCUUGGACAGCAGGGGCCAGGAUGGGCAAGCCAGGGAUAAUCUUAUUUGGGGAAGGGAUGGGGUGGGCACAGGGAGACACCUUCAGAAAUGUGGGGAUUUCUGGGGGUGGGCUUUCUGGACAAGCCCUCAUAUUUCCAACUGAGAUUACAAGUUAUGGCUACUAACUAAUUGUCAGGAGCUGUUGGGCAAACCUCAGGGUGAUGCCCACAUCCAUGGGGUCAGUGGCUCACCCAAGCUUCUGAAAACAGACUAACUCUCAGAUGUAGGUGGAGCCAGUUCUGCUUUGAGCCUGGGGCUGAGCCGGCCCUGAAAUCUGUGUCCCAUGCCCCCACCGGCACUUUGUCCAGUCAUUGGGACCCUUAGCUCAGGCCUUGAGUGGGGUAGUUAUGGGGUACCUUCUUUCUAUUUUCUGAAUCCAGAGCUGACUCCUCUGCUGUCUGGCCACCACUUUCUGCAUUUGAUUCUUGGCACCAGGAGUACCUGUGAGUGUUCCCCUGCCUUCCAGCCCAUUGACUCUUCAGCACCACAGGGUCACAAUCUUAGCUUUUCAUUUUCAAUCUGGUUUAAACUGUCUUUAGGGUAUGUGUGUGAAAUAAACAUUGACAGGUUUUCUGAA